GCGCAGUCGAGGUUGCGUCGUUUGUUCGGUCGGUCGUCGGUCCGUUCGGUCAGUUGUUCCUAUGCUCAAUGUAACGCGCAUGAUAAUACCAAAUCUCUUAACUAAGUGCAUACGGAUAGAAGCAGAAGCGACGUAACAAAAAAGCUCACUACGCGAACUAAACAAAGAAAAUACCUUAAUAAAAUAGCUGAAGUUAAGUUAAAUAUGCUUUAUACUACCAGCAUUAACAAGAAAACAGUCGCAUUACCAUAUAACAACAAAGAACAAAGCACUGAUAACACCAGCAACUGUAACGCGCGACCUAAAACAUUUACAUCAACAUCACCAUCAACGUCUGGAACAUCAUCUACGAUAGAAUCGAGACGACCAGACGACCCAUGUGAGCCCCCAUAUCGAAAACAUUUAAAACCGACGUGGACGUGUCCGUCGGCGACGUGCGACAGUAGAGCUCCACAUGCAAAACUCAAUAGCACAUAUUUAUGUAAAUUUAAUCGAAUGGCAACAGGCUGUAUAUAUUUUUUAUUAGUUUUAGUAAUACUAAGCCGAAACACAAGUGCUUUUCAAAAUAUCGAAAGCGAAACUCAACAUUCCGCUGGAAUACUCAGAAACAACAGUAAACAAAUUCAAAACAAUGCCGAUGAACAACUCAAACACAACAGUAGUAAAUCUAAAAAUAACAAUACUUAUUAUUUGAGUAAACAUCAACAAGUCGAGAUCAAUUCUGGUGCUGGAGUUGAAGAUAAAAAUAUCAGCAUCACCAAUAACAACAGCAACAGUAACAGUAACAGCAAAAGCAACAAAAAAGCGAAUACUCAGCACACUCAUAGUUAUACGCUGCCCCUAACCGAUGAUCAUCUGAAUGAUAUCUUUGGCGCAUACAGUAUUCCAGAAGAACCAAUUUAUACAAAUGAGUUCGCUGUGCAUAUUCCAGCUGGCGCGCAUGUUGCAAACGCCAUUGCGGGCAAAUAUGGCUUCACCAAUAGGGGCCAGAUUGGUGCCCUCGAUGACUAUUACUUGUUUCAGCAUCGUCACGUGUCAAAACGUUCGCUGCGCACAAGCAGCAAGCAUCAGAGUGCCUUACAAUCUGAGUCCGAGGUGAAAUGGCUGCAGCAGCAACACGAGAAAAUUCGCCGUAAACGUGAUGGGCCAUAUUCCGAGAUACCCACCUACAGUCCGUACAAUAUAUUGCGACAGCCAAAUGAAUUCGCUAUAGAUCCCAAUACGCAUCUUCCAUUUUCCUCAGAAGCUGCGUUGCCGUCAUCGGUUGCCACCCAUCCACCGCGCCUAGAGUAUCGGGAGGUCGGGACGCAUCGCAUCUUCACAGAUCCGUUGUUUAAGGAACAGUGGUAUUUGGUGAGUAAAAAUGGCGGAGCCAAGGAUGGCCUAGACAUGAACGUGGGUCCGGCCUGGCAAAAGGGAUAUACUGGUAAAGGCGUUGUGGUGUCCAUAUUAGAUGACGGCAUUCAAACAAACCAUCCCGAUCUUGCUCAAAACUAUGAUCCCGAUGCCUCUUUUGAUAUUAAUGGCAACGACUCAGAUCCCACCCCGCAAGAUAAUGGUGAUAAUAAGCAUGGAACCAGAUGUGCCGGAGAAGUUGCUGCCGUUGCCUUUAAUAACUAUUGCGGAGUGGGUGUGGCAUAUAAUGCAAGCAUUGGUGGUGUUCGUAUGUUAGAUGGUAAAGUGAACGACGUUGUUGAAGCGCAGGCAUUGAGCUUGAAUCCAGCUCAUAUCGACAUCUAUAGUGCAUCUUGGGGUCCAGAAGAUGAUGGCUCCACCGUCGACGGUCCUGGUCCAUUAGCUCGUCGUGCCUUCAUCUAUGGGGUGACCAGCGGCCGACAAGGCAAAGGCUCGAUAUUUGUCUGGGCAUCCGGAAAUGGUGGACGCUACACUGACUCCUGCAAUUGCGAUGGCUACACCAACUCCAUUUUCACUCUCUCGAUAUCGAGUGCUACGCAGGCUGGCUUCAAGCCGUGGUAUCUGGAAGAAUGCUCCUCAACAUUGGCGACUACAUAUAGCUCUGGGACGCCGGGUCACGAUAAGAGUGUUGCCACAGUCGAUAUGGAUGGUCGGCUCAGACCCGAUCAUAUUUGCACUGUGGAGCACACUGGUACCUCAGCAUCGGCACCAUUGGCCGCCGGCAUAUGUGCGCUGGCAUUGGAGGCGAAUCCGGAAUUAACGUGGCGUGAUAUGCAAUAUCUUGUGGUUUAUACUUCGCGUCCAGGACCUCUGGAGAAGGAGAGUGGUUGGACAUUGAAUGGCGUGAAGCGAAAAUAUAGUCACAAGUUCGGAUACGGCCUAAUGGAUGCGGCUGCAAUGGUUUCCCUUGCCGAACAAUGGACAUCGGUGCCUCCACAGCAUAUUUGCAAGUCGCGUGAGAAUAAUGAGGAUCGCAAAAUUGAGGGCAACUAUGGAUAUACGCUGGCCACGCAUAUGGAUGUCAAUGGCUGUGCGGGCACUAUAAAUGAAGUGCGGUAUCUGGAGCAUGUCCAAUGUCGCAUUACCUUGCGAUUUUUCCCGCGUGGAAACCUACGCAUAUUGCUGACCUCACCCAUGGGCACAACAAGCACAUUGCUCUUUGAGCGGCCCCGUGAUAUUGUGAAAUCAAAUUUCGAUGAUUGGCCGUUCUUGAGUGUGCAUUUCUGGGGUGAAAAGGCUGAGGGCCGUUGGACACUGCAAGUGAUAAAUGGCGGUCGUCGUCGCGUCAAUCAGCCCGGAAUUUUAUCGAAAUGGCAGCUAAUAUUCUAUGGCACAUCCAGUCAGCCAAUGCGUCUGAAGUCCGACCUUUUAAAUGCACAACAGCGACAUCCACUUAGCGCAAAUCCAUAUAUAUUCUCAUCGGGCGGUGCCAAUAUGGGACAAGCGACAAAUGAAGGUGGCAACUUCAAUUCUGACAAUUUUGCUGGCUUUCUCAACUACCAGAAUAUUUUCACUAGCGCUGGCUCCAGUCCCGAACAGGCAACAGCUACUUUAGAUGGAAACAACGUUACCGCGUCUCAAUUUCAAAACGCUGUAACCACCUCGGGCUCUGGCGAUAACAACAUCGUUCUCUAUUCCUGUGAUGCUGAAUGCGACUCUUUAGGUUGCUACGGACUUGGACCCACACAGUGUGUUGCCUGCAGCCAUUAUCGAUUGGAUAACACAUGCGUUAGUCGCUGUCCGCCCCGUUCAUUUCCCAAUCAAGUUGGAAUUUGCUGGCCCUGUCACGACUCCUGCGAGACAUGUGCCGGCGCUGGUCCAGACAGUUGCCUCACUUGUGCGCCGGCCCAUUUGCAUGUAAUAGAUCUUGCUGUUUGUCUGCAAGUCUGUCCGGACGGCUAUUUUGAGAAUAUCAAGAACAGAACGUGUGUUCCCUGCGAGCCCAAUUGCGCUUCCUGCCAGGAUCAUCCCGAAUAUUGCACCAGUUGUGAUCAUCACCUCGUCAUGCAUGAAAACAAAUGCUAUUCUGCCUGUCCCCUCAACACUUACGAGACGGAGGAUAAUAAAUGCGCGCAUUGUCAUGCGUCAUGCGGCACAUGUAAGGGUCCCAGUGAAGUGGAUUGCAUCACUUGUCGGCCAAGUCGUUACGCAUACGAAAGCAAGUGCUUAAACAAUUGUCCAGAUGGUUUCUAUGCUGAUAAAAAGCGUCUGGAGUGCUUGCCAUGCCUCGAUGGAUGUAAAUCAUGCACUAGUAAUGGCGUAUGCACCGAUUGCCGGGAUAAUUGGACCCUAAAUAGGAAGAAGAAGUGUGUCUUAGUUGGCAGUGAACGCUGCAAUGAAUCCGAGUACUUCAGCCAGAACGAUGAUCAGUGCAAGCUCUGUCAUUCGUCGUGCGAAACUUGCAACGGACCGGUGGAAACAAAUUGCCUGACCUGCCACCAGGGGCGCCUGCUUGAGCUUAAUAGCUGUGUAAGCGGCUGCAAGGAUGGCUUCUUUAUGGAAGCUGGCGUUUGCUCGCCCUGCUUGCAUACCUGCACUCAAUGUGUAUCGCGCACGAACUGUACAAACUGCGCAAAGGAUCUAAAGUUGCAGAAUGGCGAGUGCCGCACAACUUGCGCCGAUGGUUACUAUAGCGAUCGUGGCAUCUGUGCCAAGUGCUAUUUGAGUUGUCACACCUGUAGUGGGCCGCGACGCAAUCAGUGUGUCCAGUGUCCUGUUGGCUGGCAAUUGGCCGCUGGCGAAUGUCAUCCCGAGUGUCCUGAAGGCUUCUACAAAUCCGACUUUGGCUGCCAGAAGUGCCAUCAUUAUUGCAAAACCUGCAGUGGUGCUGGCCCCUUGGCUUGUUCAUCCUGCCCCCCACAUUUCAUGCUGGAUGGCGGCUUAUGCAUGGAAUGCCUCAACUCUCAGUACUAUGAUGCGAACACGCAGACCUGUAAAGGUUGUCAUGAAUCGUGCCGUUCUUGUUUCGGUCCUGGCAAAUAUUCUUGCAAAGCUUGCGCUUUUCCCCUUCACCUCGACCAGUUUAAUAGUCAGUGUGUACCGUGCUGUCCGAAUAAUAAUACUGCUGGAGAAAAUGCAGCUUGCUGUCAUUGCGACAAGGAAACCGGUGAAUGUAAGACUGUCUCGACUGCGGGCAAACGUCGUACCGUUCUUAUCGAUGAUCAUCAUCGAUCUGGAGGCUCAGAAAACUUCUUUAACAACGAGGCAACCGAUGGACUUGGCAAAGGAAAUGAGGCUGAAAAUGAUGAAUUUGUCCUACGACUUGGCUCACCAUUGACUGCGAUAACGGCGAUUGCAAUAGCCAUCUGUUUACUUAUCAUCACAAUUUUCUCAAUCAUUUUUGCCGUGCUACAGCGAAACAGUAACCAUGUGUCUCGAAACUCGGUGCGCUACAGAAAAAUAAUAAGCAAUUCGAGUGAACGUAAGAAUGCCUCCUCAAAGUCGUCGAAUAGUAAUGAAGCAAGAUUUAUUUUCAACAUCGGUGAAGACGACACAGACGAGAAUACUGAGGAAGAUUUUGACGUGAACAUGGAUAUUAAGAGAAUUGUUUAUGAACCCAAAGGCGCAAUACAUGGCGGAAACGAAUUUUACAUAAAGAGUACAAAUGAUAUUGAUGCGAUCGAGUUUCAUUGCAAAGGAGGUAUUGAAAAUAUCAAAAAAUCAGAGUUCCAAUCAAAAAGGUGCAAUAGAAACCAAGAGGAUAAUGCGAAUGCGAAUACGAAUAUGUCUACGUCUACGUCUAAUUCUAUGCCUACAUCUAAUACCAACAAUAUUCGUAGCUGAUUCAUUGAAAUUUUUAAUGUACCAACUUUGAUCCUGGAUUUCUUACUCUGGACUAGUAAAUUUUAAACCUUACUUGAGGAAUAUAGCGAAUCGAAAUAUUUAACAUCCGAAAAUGAUAAAAUUUAUAUGUGAUUGUGAAUUGUUUUUAUAUAUAUAUAUAUUUGUAAAUUUAAUGUUUGUAUUAAAUUUUUAUGAAAAUGUUAUGUCAAGUUUAA